UGCUGCUUAAAGCACCCUGGCUUUUGAUGGAAGUUGCCCAGCCUCGAAAGAUCCUCGCUAAUCUGCUUCUCUGACUUAUCUUGCGGCAUCCUCUUGACAACAACAUUGUAGUCUUUGUUUCUAUUCUCACAUCGAAACACACCUGCCCUGAAUCUCACUUCAUAUCCCCUACGGCUUCUACCCUUGUCACAGAGAGAGAGCAGCAUGUUUGAAGUGCGUGAAGCAAAGAGGGUUCGAAGAGAAGAUCUGGACAAACCAGAUGAUGGCGCAGAGAAUUGGAGUGUCGACGGCAUUUGUGAUGCCGAGUUGCGCGCAAAACUGAAUGAACAGAUCGCAAGAUCAUUGGGACUGGAAAUAUUGGCAGAACCGACCCCUGACGUCGCGAUGAAGGACUGUUCUCUAACAGGAAGCAAAGAGUCUCGUGAUAACGAUAUUGGAGAAUCAGAGGCCAUUCCCGCCGCCAAGGAUGAUGAGGAAGAAGAAUUUGUUUUUCGACUUUUCAGCAAAGCCCCACCAAGCCAAAAGGUUGUUCUGGAGGAAGAUCAUGGACCAACAGGCGAUGGAACUUUUGUGAGCGGUCGACCACUCAGUUACUAUGUGGUUAAAAACGUCUCUGCAGAACGAAAGCAUGAGUAUACUGUAGCAGCAGUAAGUGGGGAUCAAGUGUUGGCAAGAUCACACGUCAGGGCUUGGGGCCUCGAGGUUCCUCGGAAGGUUACGAAACUCGCUAUUACUCGAAAAGCCAGGGCGAAUGAAAAACGGGCACAGGAUGAAGUGGCACAAACAAAACGGCGACCAGGAAAGAAACAACGGAUAUCCUUAAGAAAACGAAUAAAGGAAAUGGAAGAGAGGAAAGCAGCCGAGGUAAAAAAACUGGCCGAGAAAGAGGAGCAUGUAAAAGACAAGAAGAAGAGGAUGAAUCGUCUGAAGAAGCUACGAAAAAGGGCAAAAGCAAAAGGACAGAAACAAGCAUUGAAAGAGGGAGAUGCGGAUCAUGACUCUAAUGCAGAUUUGUCAGGUUCUGAGUGAACGAAUUCCAGAAAAGCUAUAGAUAAAGAGCAGUAUUAUUUAGUAAACUAUACAAGUUUCAAAUCAUGA